UAAUAAACAGCAAAACAUUCGCUUAUUCGGGGUGCAGGCACAAGCUUGGUCGAAACAUCUGUGCGUGUGCUGCAGGUUGCAUUGAGGCAUUUCGAGGAACGAUUCGUAUAUAUUUUGCUGUAGCUCCCAAGGGUCAUCCUUCAUGGAUACGCAGGUUAUUCAAAUGGAAUCGCUUUCCUUGGACGACACUGGUCGAGAGAGCCCAGAUGAUGACCGUCCUCCUGAGAGGUGGGCUCCUGUUGGCUCAAGUGAAAUCGAUGAUGCCUGGGACGAUCCUGAAACAUGCAGCCUGUCGGAAUUUGAGCGUCUGCGACAUUUGGAAGAAGAGCAGGAGCAGCUGAACACAUCGCUGGUCGCACUUACAACACACUUUGCACAAGUCCAGUUUCGGCUGAGGCAGAUUGUGAAUGCAUCGCAGGAGGAAAAGGAGGAACUGCUGAAAGAACUAGAAGAGUUUGCCUUUCGUGGAAUCCCAGACUUGCGGUCUUGUCACACUGGAGUUGGCAUCUUGCUCUCAGAGACGGAACAAGAACAAGAAGAAAAGCUAGAGCAGCAGCGACAAAAACAGAAGGAACUCAUUCAGCAAUUGAAGGAACAACUCGAAGAUCUUGAGAAGUAUGCUUUUGAGACAGGUGAUGCAGGCAUGCCAUCCAGCAUGCUCCUGGAACGACAGUCAGUCAUCAUAGAACAUCUCAAGGAGAAGCUUCCACUCAACUUGGAUGAAUUGGAUCUCCUUGAUCCUGAUGACCUACGGAGAAAGAUUGAUCAGGCCGUACGGGAGAUGGUCAACCCUGUCAAAAUGAAGGAGCAGCUGGUUUCACAACUGAAGACCCAGAUCACUGACCUUGAAAGAUUCAUUCAGUUUAUUCAAGGAGAGGGAUCGGAUGGAAAGCCAAGGUGCACGUGCAACUGUCCAGUUCAUGGCAAGCCGGACACACUCCAUUCUGAAACGUCUUCCGAGUGCUUUGCUUCAACAAGGAAGUACAAGGACCAACUUCGUCGAGCACAUAAGGAGAGCCAGGAGGCCCAGAACAAGAUCUUGCGGCGCAUGCUAGCACUGCUACACAUGUUUGCAUUGACCCAGUUUGGCUGUGGGCGACGAAGCUUCCAGAGAAAUAUCAUGAAGCGGACACCAAAGGGAAAUCAUUGGGGAGAUCUGCGGGCAUGUCUCGAGCUGGCUAUUAACCAGGUCCUCGAGCUGGUGGGAAAGCAGGAGUCGCAGUGUGUGGACAGCGACUACACCAGUGAUUCUGAAGAUGCACCUGCUGUGCUGUGUAAUGAGAAACUGACUAGUGCUGUCAGAAAAGAUCUGGCCACUGCCCUGCGUGACUUGAUGCAGCAUGGAUUGAUGGAGAUUGGCCAGAGCAGCAGCCUUGUGCCCCUGGGCUGUUUCACCUUGCGGUCUGCGAGUGCACCCUCACUUCUGCAUGCAUGGGACCUCAUCCUAAAGUAUUACGAGAUCAAAAAUGGUGCGCAGUACAAUGCUUCACCAGCACGCAAGUUGUCAGAAAGCUUCAACUUGGACAUUGUUGCCUCAACAAUGGAGACGCCAAAGCAUGCUUUGCUGACAGCAGUGCACAGUAUCAUAUCAAGUCAUACGCCACUGAAGCGCAGCUAUGAUUCUCACUUCAAGGCAUUUGUGUGUGCAGCCCUCAAUGAAAAGCGGCUAGUUGCCUGGUUAAAAUUGCUUUUUAGGUGCAUACCACUUGUUGAACGCUAUUAUGUUCACUGGAGCUAUGUGCGGAAAACAGGUUUUGAUGAUGCCCUACGGUCCCUUGACCGACUAACCGGGUUUGACUUUGAUCUUCCUGUUGACUUGGCUGUACGCCAGCUGCAGAAUAUCAAGGAUGCUUUUUGAUGUGCCACCACUCCCGUAGGGGAAGAGGUGCCACUUGUCUCGGCAAGUUCGGGAUGAACUUUUAUCUCACUGUGUUGUGCUGCAAGGGCUAAUGUAAGAGGUCAAGUUCUAGUUUUAAAUAAUUGAAAACAUGUACCUUUUUACUGUGAAUAUGUCGUGCAAAACAAAACAAAUGUGUUCAUGCGAUGCCUUGGAGCUGCCAUUGAUGUGGACUUAACCUCCACGGGCUUCCGUUGUGAGGUGUUCUGAUUUUUACCUGUAUAGCAACGAGUGUAGCUGCUGUAACUUUGAGGGGAGUAGGCAGUAGGGUGAGUACUGCUCUCUCUUUAAACUACAUUUAGCCAAGUGCAUGAGAGGAUUUGGUCUGACUCUACAAUGUCCCAUUCUAUUUUAUAUGGUUUGCUCAUGGCAUUAUCAUUGACGAGUGAUAACAGUUAUGUUACUGGAUGGUUGUUAGACUGAAGUGUAAUUGAAAGCAAGCGAUAGUCAAUUGAGUGAUUACCAGAAAGCUUUACUGCACAGCCUUCUGUUACAUGUUUAGUUAGGAAGCAAAUUGACUGACAUUGCAGGCUUGUUUAAGAUUGCUCAAGGCAGCUUUUAGAAUUGCAACUGAGGGUAUCAUGUUUUGUUUGUUGAUUCUAGAAGUAUGUGCCAUACUACACACAUCUUUUACUGCACACAUCUUAGUCAGUUAGGCCUUUUUUUAUGUGAUUGCAAAGUGUGGGCUCCAUCCUAUCUAGCGUUGAUCAUCUACUGGGUAAUGAACAGGUGUCAUCUCAUGUAUUUGCUUGAAAGGUAUGCAUGUCUUUCAAAAAACAAUUGCAGUAGUGACGGGUAAAAGCAAAAUUGGGGACAUUUUAUAAUCCUCUCACACAGACAUUUCAAACACAUUUGAGAUGAAGCGUCUAAUUUGGUGACUCUUUGAAAAAGAGGAGGUAACUGUAGGCAGUUGGCAACACAUGAAUCAAAUGAAGACAAUUUUUUUUUUUUGCUUAGCAGUGUACACCACCCAUCAUAUUCAAGAUUUUUUGAAGAUGAACCAAUGUGGCAAUGCUCUCUGACCAUCGCCAGCCUGACAUCUGUCUGUGUACAACUGCCAAUUGCAUGCUUUGAGAUUGGGCUUUUUAAACCAAUGUUAUUGUUAAAUCUUGUUUGGGAUUGUAAAUUCAGAGAGGCACGUGACAGGUUCUGCUGAGCAAUAGGAUAGUGAACACUCAAAUUUGCGUUCAAGAGGCCAUAGUUGCACAAUGUGUGUGAAAUGUUUACAAAAGUGUUCAAGACAAAAAUAUUCAGCUAGAUAGCAUGUUCACCACAGAUGUAGCUUGUGGGAUAGAAUCUCGACUGUGGCGAUAAGGUUGCCACCUGGCCAGUUUUAUCUGCCUACCCCUACACUGGCACACCUCUUGCUGGUUUUUGCUGUUCUCCGUAAAUUAGCACAUUAUAAUCUGCAUCGUAAUCACUCUGUUUGGUGUUCAUGCAUAGCAGACAACUGAAUAGUCGGCAACAAGUUCAUUCUUAACUGCUUAAGCAUCCUGUAUUUUAGACUACCACAUAUUGCUGUCUUGUUCGUAGGGCAUAAAUAUGUCUUUUGAAUAAAUAAUUUACAACCACAGUAUGAAGAUUUUUAAAGUGUACCAAAUUUUACAUUAAAGGCUUUCAAUACACUUGAGCCAUGUGGAACUGGUAUAGGGCAAUUUGUUUUUGUUUCGUUUAUAUUUUUCUAUGCCAUAUGUUUUACAAUGUCCCCCUAACUAUGGUUAGCUGGUCUGUUUACUUUUAAGUAUUAGCUUCUCAGUGAAUGUUCACUUCUUACCUGCAGUCAUAACUUAGCCUGUAUUACUGUUUCUUUAGAUUAAUUUCCAGCUGUUAAAGAACACUAUAGCAGGUAGUGUUUUUUAACAUCUGGAAAUGGAUCUUACGAAACAGUGAGACAGGCUAAGUUACAGCAGUUCUUUUUUUUUUUUUUAAUCUAUAAUGCCAGAUGUUUAAGGUUACAUCUCGGAUAAAAACUGUGUCCAAAGCUACCAACUAGUCACAUAGGUGCUGGUCACUGGAUAGACAUGUAACUGCACAGGAAGCCACAUUCUCUCUCUCUACAGAGCUGUAUCUGCAUGGCACUCUAGUGCGGUACUUCUUUUGACACUCAUUUAAGGUACUUAAAUGGAAUUCAUCUAAAGCAGAGUCCAGGUUAGCUUGUUAUGAAGAUGGCUGUGGCCACUGCAUUCUGCAAGUGAGUAAAUUUUCCAAAAUUAUGCUAGUAUAUUUUUACAUGCUUGUUUUGUGCAGCAAAAGCCUGACUGUUGGUGCUGCUAUGACCUAGUCGUACCGUUGACCAUAUGGUCGCUUAGCGCAAAAAAUGAAGGAGGGAUGGGGUCACCAUUGGAGCGCCAAUUGGAGCGCCAAUUGACCCCGUCCCUUCUUGAUUUUUUGCGCUAAGCGACGAUAUGGUCAACGGUAUGACAUGAACCAACUAGCCCAGCAACAAGUUUUAUUAUGACCUAGUCGCUAGAGGUCUUUCAAAACCUCACAAACUUCAUUUUACCCUUCAUAGAAUCCACAGGCCAGAGCUAAUAGUCGAUGUUCUGUCUGUAUCACUUCUAUGGAGAUGUCAGCUACUAAGCUGGAAUUGGCCUUUGUCACUUAGUAAGCACUGCAUUCACGAAUGUGCCUCAUCAUGAUGGUUUUCCUCAACUCUGCCAUGGAAGGCAUUGUUAUCCCACAACUGGAUGAGUUGCUGAGCUUCAACAACACACCUUAACGAUUCCACAUUUUGACGGGAUAGAAAUGCAGACUUAGGUGCACAUUAACCCUUGACAAGACAUAUAAAAACGCUGAAAAAAUGUUUAUUUUCUAUCUAAAUCUGCAAAACACAUCAAGAAUAAGCAUAAUCAACAAAAAGAAAAAAAUAUUUCAGAAUUUUUUUCAGCAUUAAGGGGAAAACGCCAGGCAGGAAACUGGAUGUGGGCUUCACCCGAAGCCACCUAAGGCUUCGUCUUUAAUUUGUAUAGACAGCUCUCAUCAUAUGUGAACCAUAGGUAUACAUUUCGUUUGCUUUAUAUCACUUGUGUGACAGCACCGCAGUUGGAUAUCUUGCAUCGGCCUGUCUCCUCCGACCUUGCUUUUAAGAGACGGUGAGUACGCGUGCCAAACUACUACUUCCUCGUCCGUGUUCCUGCUCUAAACCAACAAAUGACGCUUGCUGCCUGUCAUUCAGUGUUGGCCGAAGACAUUUAGCUGGCAACUUCAUACUCAAUACUGAAACUCGGCAAGAAAAAAAAAAGCUUUUCUGGUUUGUUGUCUGUAGGCAACGCUCGUCAAUAAAGGGCUAAAGACACCCAGGUGGUUGAAAUUAAUCUGGAACUCCCCACUACAGUGUCCCCCAUCGAUAGUGUUCCUUUGGGACAUUCAGCCUUGUAAUUUGAUUUCAUUUUUAUACUGGAGGUGGCCAGUUGGGAUAUUGUACAUCAGUAAUCGCCGAGAGGCAUUACUGAACUACAGUGGCAACUACUGCAUUCAGGAGGCAGCCUGCUCUCCACAGACAGGGUUGAGGAACUGAGGCACUUCUAUGAAUACAAACAUUAUCUCUGGUGUGCAAGGUGAGGGAUGAGUCUGUCUUUGCUUGCCAUCAAAACCUUUAACUAUUUUAUGUGAAACUAGUGAAACAGCUACAUCCACUUGUGAUUGUUGUGAUCUAUUCAUCCGCUUCCACCACUUCACAAUGCACGAGAACUGGGUUACUGCUGGCAUUUUUUGUGUUAUGCGCUUCAAAUAAUGUUUUUGAGUAUAUAUAUAGCAUGCACCCUUGCAGUUAUCAGCCUUUGUACUACUGAUGACUGUUCUUGCAGUCUUUAUGUGAAUUGAAAAGUGUAGCAGUGGACGCUUUUGAGCCAAUACAAAGUAAAUUUACAUGAUAAAUUAUAUGUGUUGUUCACUUUCUCCAAGGAAUUAAGCAUGCAUUGAAGUUUAUUGUAUUAUAGCAAUAUGGUACUCACAGUUUCAAAUGUUCAUUGUAUAUUAUAUAUUGAAAAUUGCAUUGUACCACAUUUUUACCUGAAAGCAUGAGCAGUGAUGUAUUUGCAUUAAGUGUGUUCUGUACAAGUAGUAAAUAAUUGAUGUUUACACAAAUGUCUAAUUUGAUUUUUGUGCAUAACAUAUGAUUUCUAUGAAGGUAUAUUGAAACAAUUGCACUUCUAUGCUUAUUCAACAAGCAUGUUGAAUGUGAAAGCACCACAGCGUAACCAUUGUUUGAGUGGUCUUUCUCUACAUUUGAUGUUACAGUGGAUGCCAUCUUUUUGGGGUGACAUUCUAAUAACUGUUUUAUUUCUUUAUGUCAUUAAUGUACAUAUUGGAUAAUGAUGAUGAGUUUUGAAAUCAUCACUUGUCUACCUACUUAAGGUUAGGGUUUUGACUUCAGUGUGUUGUCUAUAGCAAUUACAUAAUAAUUUGUAAUCUGGGGUAUGUGCAUCUUGUAUUUAAUGGUUACUUAAUUGCUACAUGGAGAAAUAACUGUUGGUAGCAUAUCUAAGCUGGCUCAGGUUUGGUGCGCGCGCACAUAUGUUAAAAUGUAACUACCUAAAAUAAACAGGGUUUGUUCACAAAGCA